AUGGACGAUUUACUCACACCAGUGAGCCAAGUGUAUACUUCAAACAAAGAUAAACAGCCACUUUUACAAGAAGUCACUUCCAGCUCCCGGCUCAUCAAGAACAAAUCUAGUGCUACAGGGUCUAGCUUGUCGAGCUACGAGGAUGCCUUGGAAGCUCUCAAGGCCGAGCCGGACUAUGAUACCCUUUCUUCCGUCCUCGAUUUUCUUCUCAACGGACACACCACCAAAACACAAGGCGCACCCUGCAGUGUUCAUCAACCAAAUCCCCUGAACUCGCAGAUCAUACAGACGCUAGUCACCGGAAUUGUACCGAAUUACUGGCAGUCAUUAAAAGACGAGGCUGCUAAGGAAAAUCAAAAUCUUUCUCAGUCACAAACCAAACAGGCCCCUUUACUGCAGAGACUGCUGAGCUGUCUUCUCAACUUGACUGGGGUCAACGUCAUCUUGACUCACCUGAGAGGAAUUGUUGGUGAGCUAGGAACCAGCACGGACGAGACUCAGAGGUCGAUGAUGAGCUUGAAUAUAGCCACUCUGCUCGAUCUGCUUUGUUCGCUUCUGCAUGGACACGGCGCCUUGCACCGAAUUUGGACCAACAGCUCCCGAACUCUUGGCAGUGAAUCCAUGCUUCGACCAUUAACUCAGGAGUUUGUCAACGUAACUGGCGGCGGCAGAAUUGUCUCAUUGGCAGCAGAAGCAGAAAGAUCUGCCCGAAAAACCUCAGGUGAAACUAAUGCAUGGGUUGCCAGUAGUAAAGACUACAGUAAAUGGCUGGUACGGAACAUCGUUAACUGGGCUCGGGAAGAUUCUUUGGAAUCGCCUGGAAACCCGGUCUCUCAGCUACUCACCAAAGCUCUCCAGCUAGGUCAUACCGACCUCUUGGUGGAAUAUCUUGUAGAGGGGCUGCUUUUAAGUGCAGUCGAAAAGGAUGUCGAGUUAUUCGAAAAAAUAUUCGGCAACCUGCCUCAGCAUGACCAAAAGCGCCUGCUGAUGGCUAUUCUGAAGUAUGCCACCAAUGUUUUCAGCAGCCCGGAGAAAUCUAAAGAUGAAGCGUCUGUUGUAUCUGCAGUAGCAGGACUUCUUCGAACAAUUGUCAAAGUGGACGAAAAGAGAAGGGGUAUUUUAGUGGGAUGGCUGACCUCCGUUUCUGGCGGUGCUGCGGGCGAACAUGUGGGCAUCCGGCGUGCUGCUGUUGGCGUUUUGACAGAAUACCGAGACGACAUUACCAUUGUGCUAGAAAAGACCAUGGCUUUAUUUGGCGAUAAUCUGUACAUCAAGCAUGCGCCACUGCUGCAGCAAGAAGCACAUGCGCAGAUACUGCUACUUAGCGCUGGCUAUGUUCACCGUCUGAACCCUGUCAAGCUUGCUAUCCUAGUUAAAUCUGGCGUCUAUCUCAACGCUGUCUCGAGUAGGCUGAGUGCUCCUCAGACAAGGGCCCGCGUUCUGGGAAUGAUUGUGGGCGAAGCACUCUCUGCCCUCACACAGGGUAGCGGGAAGGCUCUCAACUUCGACAUGGAAAUAUUGAAGACCGACGAGGCAAAAUGGUAUAAAAGCUUGGUCGAAGUGGCUGACACGGCUGGCUCUUUGGAACCAUUGCGCCAACGCGUCAAAGUUGAACUUCCAGAAUCCAAGGUUGGGACUCAGACUCAGAGGCCAGCCGAAUUUGUGAAGCCGCCGAAGAAGACCAUACCAAAACCAGCUCAUCGGGCUACCGGCUUUGUGAUUGAGGAGGUCAGCGAAAGCGAAGAAGAGGAUGAUAAUCUCGUUCCAUACGCCAAGCCUGACUCCGAUCGGGAAGACUCUGAUGAUGAUGCAGAGCUAGUGAGCAGGAACAAACCAAGAGCUCCUGUCUAUAUCAGGGACUUGAUAACAUAUCUCAGAGACUCAGAGAAUUACGACAAACAGGAGCUCUCUUUGACUACAGCGCCUGUGUUGAUUCGACGCAAAGCCAACUACGGUACCGAAGUCGUAGAUCAUGCGGAGGAGCUGGCAGGGCUGCUGGUGGGAAUACAAGACAAGUUCAACCUGGACGACUUUGAGUCUUUGAGAGUCCAAGGAAUGGUUUCCAUCAUAGUAGCACAGCCGCGGAAGAUGGGUCCUUGGUUUGCAAAGACAUUCUUCGAUGGCGACUACAGUCUUUCGCAGCGUGCUUCUGUCCUGACUGUGCUGGGACUUGCAGCAAGGGAAAUAGCAGGCUUUGAGCAGUCUGAAUUUGCAGAUUCUGCAUAUUUCCCGUCCAAGAAACUCCCCGAAAAGGUAGAGCAGUUCUACCUGGCGCAAACCGGACAAAAUCAAGUUGCCGGGGGUUCAAAUCUCAAGUCGCUGCCCCCAAGUGCCAUAGACAGUAUUGCACAAUCGAUAACAUCAGGCUUCCUGGCACCAAUGGUGGCAAACGCGGCAGAUGAGCAGACAGGCCCUGAUUUGCUCAAGCUCUCGUCUUUCGCAUCCCGGUUGCAGCAGAGGCAAGGUUCUGGCAACUCACCAUUGCAGAAGGGCCAAAAGAAGGCAGGCGUUCGCGCGAUCCCAAAUACCACGGCCCAGCUGAUAUCCGCAUCGUUCUUCUUCCCCCUGACUGCACGCUUCCAGGCCGCGCUGAGCUCGUCGACGUCUCGGGCUAGGACUAUUGUCCUACAACCUGAGCUUCUCACCCACCUACUCCGCACCCUGGGUAUCCUGGUGCACGCCGCUGGCCCAUCAACGCUGUCCCUGCCAGACAUGACGGCCGAGCUCUGGGGUCUGCUACUCGGCAGUGCAGUACGGGCUCGAUGCGCGGGAGACCUAGGUGUGACGCGCGCGGCGCUCUUCGCGCUGCUGGCACUGCUUGAGGUCAACGGGAACGAGGAGGUACGCAUGCGUGACAUUUGUCGGGAGCUAGCACGCGAGGUGGUUGAGACGCAGGAAUGGGUGUCGCAGGUCUUUGAGAACACGCGCGGUGGCGAUGGGGAAGGCGGCGAGGAGAACGAGGUCAAGCUGUUGGCUGCCGGGGUGCUCAUUCGGCUCAGGGAUGCCAUGGAGAGGUUCCGGGCCUUCUUGAUUGGAGACAUGAUUGGGUGA